AUGGCGCUCGACAACUUCUACCGAAACAAGAUCGAAUCAUUAAAGCUUGAGAUCAUCCAAGGCCAAGCUGUCCUCCGACGAUUAGAAGCACAACGAAAUGACUACAAUUCAAGAGUACGGCUACUGCGGGAGGAGUUGGGCCUUCUUCAACAACCCGGAUCAUAUGUCGGCGAGGUGGUGAAAGUGAUGAGCACCAAGAAGGUAUUGGUCAAGGUGCAUCCUGAAGGCAAAUACGUCGUCGACAUUGCGGACAGCGUCGACAUUAGCAAGUUAACCGUCGGCAAACGGGUGUCCCUCCUCUCCGAUUCAUACAAACUCGAGAAGAUGCUGCCUUCCUCCGUGGAUCCCCUGGUGUCUCUCAUGAUGGUCGAAAAAGUCCCGGACAGCACGUAUGACAUGAUCGGUGGACUGGAUCAACAAAUCAAGGAGAUCAAAGAGGUUAUUGAACUUGGUCUGAACCAUCCCGAACUCUUCGAAUCAUUGGGUAUCGCUCAACCCAAAGGCGUGCUGCUCUACGGCCCACCUGGAACGGGCAAGACCCUUUUGGCUCGUGCGGUUGCUCAUCACGCCGACUGCAAGUUUAUCAGGGUCUCUGGUUCGGAAUUGGUGCAGAAAUACAUUGGUGAAGGUAGUCGAAUGGUUCGAGAGCUGUUCGUUAUGGCAAGAGAACAUGCGCCCAGUAUCAUCUUCAUGGACGAAAUCGACAGUAUAGGCUCCAGCCGUGUGGAAGGAAGCAGUGGUGGAGAUUCCGAGGUGCAACGGACCAUGUUGGAACUGCUGAAUCAAUUGGACGGGUUCGAACCCACCAAGAACAUCAAGGUCAUCAUGGCGACGAAUCGACUGGACAUUCUGGAUCCCGCUCUACUUCGACCGGGUCGGAUUGAUCGCAAGAUCGAAUUCCCUCCGCCAACCGUGGAGGCCCGAGCGGAUAUUCUGAGAAUCCAUUCUCGCAGCAUGAACUUGACCAGAGGCAUUAAUCUGAAGAAGAUCGCCGAAAAGAUGAACGGAUGCUCUGGUGCAGAACUGAAGGGUGUAUGCACAGAAGCCGGUAUGUUUGCGCUGCGGGAGAGGAGAGUGCACGUCACACAAGAAGAUUUCGACCUGGCGACCGCAAAGGUGCUGAACAAGCACGACGACAAGGAAGUCUCUCUGGGCAAACUCUGGAAGUGA